UGCGUACUAUUGUUGUCAUAGGAUAGAAAACAGAAGAAAAACAUUUAUCCAGCAUAUGUGUCUCAUUGACAAAUUAGUGUAUUAUUGUCUUAGGUACCGUUGAAAAGACAAAAACAUCACCUGCUGUGACCACCGAGUGAAGGGAUAACUGGAACAGACUGAAUAGGGUGUGCAGACAGUUAAGAAAGAGGAGACAUGAGAGUGAGGAGGCUGAAAGCGCUGCCAAUACAAAGGCCUGACUCAGAAGAAAUUCUGCAUCACCUGUAGCAUCAAGAUCAAGAUCAAGAUCACUGGAAAGAACUUGGAAAUGCCCAAUAAAGGUGUAAAUUGAGGUUGUAAGAACCAAACAGUGAGAGACUUGGAACUCAAAUGAGUAAGCUUUGAGACUCCAUGACAGAAGAGGCUGCUAGGGACAUGUCACCAUGGUUACAGUUAGAGGCGUAAGAAGCCUUCAGAGCCAGCGCUGGCACUCAUCAGAGAAGCCUCCUACCUGCCUGCCUACCUGACCAGGAUUCUCCCUAGCUCUUUAUUGAAGAGAACAAAAGAAAACCAUGAACCACCUCACAUGGAGCAGCCACAAUAGUGUCAUCUGGGAGGUGGCAAACAAACUCCUAGAGGAUGGAGUACAGGUGGAUGUGUAUCUACACACAGCAGUGAGAGGAGCCAGCACUGUGGAGGGCCAGCAUACCACCAUCAUACCAAAGCAAACAACCAGAAAGAAGAACUCUCAUAAGGACUCCAUUAGCUUUCCUGCUCACAAGUUGAUACUAGGGGCUGCUUCACCCUUCCUCAGAAAGGUAGAAUUAGGAUGUAAAACAAUGGUACUGAAUGAACACUACCUGGAACACCGUGAUGCUUGUGUUGACAUCACCAUCCCUCAUGUGGUGCCAGAAGCCCUGCAUUGCAUCCUCAACUUCCUGUACUGUGGCAGCACAGGUGUCCCUCCAGGCAUCAGGAAAAGUGUCUUGGAGGCUGCCAAUCUGCUGCAGAUCAAAGAUUUUGCAGAUUACUAUCUUUCUAGUAUGAAGCUGGAGGGACUUAUUGAGCAGGAAAAUUCAGUAUCUCAGGAAAACUUAAUUGAGCCAGAAAUGAAGAAGACAUCAGAAAUUUCUCAUCAAAGAAAAGGCAGGAAAAGGAAUAGGUCUAGUGACAAACAAAGUGUUGACUCCCAAGAUUCAAAAGCUGCAGUACACGGGAAGGAGAAGAUUGGAUCAGGGCAGGACAGUGGAAUUGUUGGUGGAGUGGGAGGACGGAGACGUAGGAAAAUAAAGAGCAGAUAUAGUGCAGAUAUUUAUGAGGUAAAUCUCCCCAAAAUGAGGAAAUGGAAGAGGAGAAAACUGCCAGGACUGAUAAAGAUUGAAAAGGAAGCAUCUGUGCAAUAUCCAGGAAAGACACAGCCAUCUGAUGUUUCCCUUCAGCCACAAAAACAUGCAGUGCCUUCUUUGACUUCCCUUAUUAUGGAAACUGAUAAAAAAUGUGAAAAUGAAUUGACAAAUGAUAAGACACAGCCAUCUGAUGUUUCUCUUCAGCCACAAAAACAUGCAGUGCCUUCUUUGACUUCCCUUAUUAUGGAAACUGAUAAAAAAUGUGAAAAUGAAUUGACAAAUGAUAGUGAUACAGCAAAGAAUCAUUUCACUGCUCCUUCUCUUCCUCCUCCUCUUACUCCUUUCAAUGAUUCUUCCUCAUUUACUGGGAAAGAAAACAAGAGCCCCACACCACAACUCCCAUUAGCAUUAGUCUCCUCAUCAUCCACAGUCAUCAUACCAUCAAUAUUUGUGCCUGACCAGCCCUAUCUCUCUGACACAGCCACAAAAUCUGAGGCUUUGGCAGAAAUGUCUUGUCCAUCAGCUAUUGUACAGGAAGAUUCUGUGGACAUUAAUGAAAGGCCACUGGAGCCUUCCACCAUGGCCAUUGGCUCAUCACCACCACCAUCUCUGCUGUCAGAAGUGAAAGAACUACCAAUGAUGUCACCAUCAUCUUCACUUGCAAGUUUCCCUCUCAAACAAGUAACAUCCCUCACUCACCAUCACAAGAUAUCAGACACACUUCAUGAUGAUAAAACUGAAGAAGAGGAGCAAGAGGAUGGACUUUUCAAGUUCCAGGCAUUGCUGAAAGGAUGUGAAGAUUUCCCUGACGAGGUAUGCCCAGUCUCUCAGUCCUCACAGGGAGGCAGGGGAGGCAGCUCAGCAGAGAAGUACCAGCCUGGCAGGGACAGUGUUGACAUCAACCAGUGGAUAUCAGAGGAGAUCCAAAGCUGCAUAAUACCAACAACAAGUGACUGUAACAAGGAGAGCAGCCAGUGUGGGACAUCAGUGGAGGAGAGUAAAACAGAAGACACUGUAGAAGAAAUUGGCAUGGAAAACAAGACUUUGGAUUUUAUUGGUGAUAAGAACAAGAGCAUGGUUGAAUGUGAACACUGUGGGAAGAAGUUCUCUGAUCAACGCAGCUGCCAUUCACACAUUCGAGGCGUGCACGACGAGGCACGACAGAUGUGUAGGUACUGUGGGAAGAUGUUCAGGAGGCGCUGUGACUUGUACCAGCAUGAAAGAAGACACAGGACUGCCAACCUGCCAUGCAAGUAUUGCGAUAAGAUAUUCAAGGUGGGAAAAGAUCUCCAGGCACACAUUGCAACUCAUGAGGGAGGUAAACGCUUCCACUGCAGCCACUGUGACAAGGAACUCACAUCAUACAGAAACCUGAAGAACCAUAUUGCAAGUAUUCACCAAAAAGAAAGACCCUUUGCAUGCCAGCAGUGCAAAAAGACGUAUUCAAAGGCAAGCUCAUUACAGGUACACAUAAGGUCAGUGCACACUGGAGAGCGUCCCUUUGAGUGUAGUGUGUGUGACAAGACAUUCUGUAAUGCUGCCCUGCUGAAGAACCACCAGGUUGUCCACACAGGGGAGAAGAAAUAUUGCUGUAAAGUGUGUGGCCGUCCCUUCAGCCAGUACAGCAAUAUGGUCAGCCAUCAGCGCAUCCAUACCAACAGCCGUCCGUUCUUGUGCCACAUCUGCAGUGAGGACUUCAAGACCAAAGAGGCACUACUGAAACACAAAUGGGUGCACACUGGCCUCAAGCCACUACGUUGUCGCCACUGCUUUAGGGAGUUCCGCAUCAAGGAGCGCUACGAGAGGCACAUGCUCAAGUGCCACAACGAGGUGACCAGCCUUCCUGAGAUCUACUUUGAGGUGACAAGUGACAUGGUAAAGGAAGAGAGCAGCAACUCCCCCUACUGUGACAUCAAGGUGAUUGGAACUGCUGGGGAAGAGGAACACUUUGAGAACACCACUCAAUCCCAGAUGCUUGAUGACCAACUUGUUGAUGGAGGUCCUGCAAGUGACCUUGGCCCAGUGGUUCAUCUGGUUAGCAACAUUGCAGAGCAGGAAGUGGCUAGUGGAGAGGCUGGUCAUGUGCAGCUAAGCUACCCACUAUUGACCUCUACCACCACCUUGGAGGAAGGCAGCAGCAUCACUCUAGGAAGCAUUGCUGGCCAGAUAUCCUGUGAUGCACAUGUAGAGCCUAUUGAUGUUGGAUGUUUGCUGAACAAUGAAGACACACCCAGUGGUGAUGCCUUAAUCAUAGCAAGAGAGGGGAAGGCUGAGGUACUGCCAGCCACCAUUCACGACUCUGCUGUGGCAGACUGUGAGGAAGUGGUUAUCCUCACUAAAGUCUCUGAGGACACUGGUGAAAUGAGUCGGCCACAGUCCACCAUCAAAAUCUGGAUACCAAGUGAUGAGAGAGCAGAGCUGGAGCCACAGGAUGGUGAGGGAACCAGAAGAGGGGAUAUCCUGAUUGUUUCCAACCCUACAUUUGCAGAGACAAACCAAACACAGCAGGUGCUGGACCCUGAGAUAAGCCCUCAAGCAGUGCACACCAUGAUACUUGAGACCUCUAACUCCAGUCUGCAGUAAUUGUUAGUGGAUGUGUGCAGCUAUGGACUCUGAAAGAAAACCAAGUACUUCCAUUGAAGCCAACAUAUUGAAGUCAAAGUAGUAUAAGGAUGAAUAUACAAAUAUAAGAGAUGCACAUAUUUUUAUACACAACUAGACCUUUCUUUUAUACCUGGCACCACCACAUACACAUAUGUACAUAUUACCUAAUUUUUCUUUGUCUAUGUAUUAAUAUUAUGUUUAGGAUAUCUUAUUCAUCAAGAAUUUCUUAUGGUAUAUUGCACACAUGAAUGAGUCAUCAAAGGUUUACCACUGCCCUAUCAUGCACCUCUGUUUUACGAAUGACAGUUGUGAAAUUACAAAAAAAAAAAAAGAUCAAUGACAGCAACAUUUUUUAAUCAAUUUCACGCAUAUCAUAUUGAAUUUUCUACUUGUUCUACUUUGAAGAAUAUUAAACCCUAGUCACCUAAAUCUA